UCCAUCCCCUUCUGCACCAUGUACACCAUAGCCAUCUUGGGGAACUUCACCAUACUGUUCAUUGUGAAGAUAGAACCGAGCCUCCAUGAGCCCAUGUACUAUUUCCUCUGCAUGCUGGCUGUCUCUGACCUGGUCCUGUCUACAUCCAUCCUGCCCAAGACGCUGAGCAUCUUCUGGUUCAAUUCCAGGGAGAUCGAUUUCAGUGCCUGCCUCACCCAGAUGUACUUCAUUCAUAGCUUCCUAGCGAUGGAGUCUGGGAUCUUCGUGGCCAUGGCUUUGGAUCGUUAUGUGGCCAUCUGCCAUCCCCUGAGACAUUCUACUCUCCUGACAAACCCCAUGGUGGCCAAGAUCAGCCUGGCUGUGGUACUUCGUGGCUGCAUGCUCCUGUUGCCCGCUCCCUUCCUGGCAAGAUUCUUGCCAUAUUGCAGAACCAACAUCAUCCCCCACACACACUGCGAGCAUAUGGCCGUGGUGAAGCUGGCCUGCGCCGAUAUUCAUGUCACUAGUUACUACGGCCUCUCUGUGUUAUUCUUUGUGACUGGUCUGGAUAUGCUUUUUAUCACUGUGUCCUACACCCAGAUCCUCAGGGCCAUCUUCAGCCUCCCCACAAAGGACACCCGGCUUACGACUUUUGCGACCUGCAGCUCCCACCUUGGAGUCCGACUGAUGAGAGGAGGCUAUUUCUACAUGGGACUGUCAGUUGUGAGCCCUCUCCUAGAGCGAGAUGCCUAG